GCAAAGAGUCAACAUGGCGACUGAGAACACUGUGAACUCUGGCGAGAAGUUUGUAACCAAGAAAUACCCCUUUUCAACGCAGCCAAUACCACGAUUAUACUAUCGAGACCCCAAAGCGGAGCAUCUCAUCCAAUCAGGGCAACCAGUGAUCUUGACGGGAUCUAACCUUGUUGGCUCGGCUUAUCACUGGGACAUGGACUACUUGUGUUCCAACCUUGGUUGUGGUCAAUAUACUGUGUACACCUCUAGCUCAGGAAAGUUCAAGUACUAUGAUGAGAAGAAAAUGCCUGAGAACAAAGAUUUCAAACCACCAACUUCACACACAGACAUGACCUUCCAGGAAUUUGCUGCCAAAUUGAAACAGGAGAGAAAUAAUGAGAAGGAAAGAAUGUACCUGCAGCAACCUUUGAAUGACACAGUAGGCAAAUGGAUUGUCAUGGAUUUCACUAACUUCAAUUGGGAGUGGGCAAAUCAACAGCAGAAGACCAACAGAUGGGGCCCUUUGACCUCAAACCUUUUGCUUGUUGGAAUGGAAGGGGUGAUCACGCCUGCCCAUUAUGAUGAGCAAGAGAACCUGUUUGCCCAGAUUCAGGGUUACAAACGUUUUUUGCUCUUUGACCCAGACCAGUUUGAGUGCCUGUACCCGUACCCCAUUUACCACCCACACGACAGGCAGAGUCAGGUGGAUUUCGAUAAUCCUGAUUUUGAGAAAUUCCCAAAGUUUGCUGAUUUGAAAGGAUAUGAAGGCAUUGUUGGUCCAAAAGAUGUACUGUAUAUUCCAAUGUACUGGUGGCAUCAAGUUGAGUCUUUAUCAGGCCAUGGAGAGACGAUCUCUAUCACAUUUUGGUACAAGGCUGCUCAGACGAUGAAGGUUGUGUACCCUCUGACAGCUGGCCAGAAAGUGGCCAUCAUGAGGAAUAUUGAGAAAAUGAUUGCAGAGGCCUUGAACGACAAAUCUGAGAUGUCCCCUUUUAUGAGCAACAUGGUUCUAGGGAGGUAUACGUAACACAUUCCCCUCUCCGUUCUACCUCAGGAACCACAUUAUAAUGUGUGAGCAGAUCAUAUUUUUUUCCAUUGCAUAUCAGCUGUUGUGAUUCCAUGGACUUUUUCAUGUGUGUCGAAGAGUUUGGAUGCUUUGCACUGAAAUUCGUGGCAUGCAGCUCGGACUAUGGUGCUUUUUUUUAUUGGGAAUUAUCCAUUUCAGUGGAAUUUUGAGUGCCCUUUACAGGCCUCGGAGAUGCCUAUGCCGUCUGCAGUCAAAAUUGGAUGGGGUGAAAAAUAGAAACAGUGUUGUUAUCUCAGUACAUAUUUAUAUGUGUGUGUGUGUGUGUGUGUGUGUGUGUGUGUGGUGUGUGUGUGUGGUGUGUGUGUGUGUUGGUGUGUGUAUGUGUUUCAUUGUUAAGGUUUUGAUUUUUCUCUAUUGAACCAAAGACAGACUUGAAAAUGCAAUAUGGAUGAGAGUGUAAGUUUCGAUGACAUGUAGAAAAGUUGUAGUUGCAAUUGGUAUGUUAACCCACAAUAAUUUAAUAUGUUUUGCUUCAACUUCAAUAUAGAUUUAUUUCGUUGCAGGCAAUACUCUGAUUCCAUGGUCACUGAUUUUUAUUUUACAAAAUGCUGUGUUAUAUGUUUUUCUACAGUUGUGCUACAUCAGCAAAUCUGAUAAAUUGAAUUAAUCUGUGCACUGUAACACAAAUUGUGUUUAUAUAUGUUAUAGCGUAUUGAUUGAAAGGUAGUGUAUGAUUGUUCCAAGCUGUGAUCUGAUGAAUGGUUAUUUUUCCUGUUAACAUGUUGAAGUCAAAGAUUUUUAUUUGCUGCCAAUGUAUUUAUUAAGAUUGUUUUUAAAAUUUUGAUUUGUUUAAUUUUCAAUUUUCUUUUGAGGGAAGGAGGUAUAUUUUUAUACUUUUUAUUCUGACAAUCGAACAACGUUUGCAAAUGUGAGAACCUAGAGUACAUUAUAUUUCAUAUCCUUUUAGCACACAAAUACGUAUGUCUUAGAAGUGUUUUGAUGGUUUUAUAAUGGUCAACUUGAAAUGAAAGAUUUAAUUUGUUUUCUUGGUAUUAGGGCGUACACAUUUAACCAGAAUACUGAUUGAUUGUGAGGUGGUGUGAGGUGAGUUCUAUUAGAAAUUCUAAUAUUAGUUUCAGUUUCAACAUUUGUUUACUUUGCAGAUUGGAUUUGUAAGGUCAUGUCUACUUAAAUUAUGUGUGCACAAGUAAAAAAAAAAACA